AUUAUUCCACAGGUAAUUAUCGUCACUAGUUUUAUGAGCUGUGCAGCUUCAGACUAGUAAGGAAUAACGGAAAAACAGGAGGCAGAUUACCAUUAAGCUUUGAGCAACUAUAAAUCUGGGGGAAAAAGUUGGAGAUGCCAGUUCAGAUUUUUUGCACAAUCUCUUUUGCAGCUGAUGAAGAGAAGCGUGAAGAAAAGCGGAAUGGGAAAGUUGAAGAGCCUUACAAUGAUUUGCCUUAUGAUGAGGAAGAGCAGGAUGAGGGAGAUGAUGAGUCUACAGCAGCAGACAUCAUUACAUUUGCAGGCCGAUGUUCACUACAUGGAGCAAGCCAUAUCUUUGUUGAAAAAGGAUUUGGGGCCAGGCAGGCACUUUGGGCCUGUGCUUUCCUCCUUUCUCUCUCCAUGUUCCUCUACCAGGUCGCUGAUCGGAUUGCAUUUUAUUCGGAGUAUCACCAUGUUACUACAUUAGAUGAGCAAGAUAGUCCACUUAUGGACUUCCCUGCAGUCACAAUUUGCAAUUUCAACCGCUUUCAACUCUCUAAACUGACCAAAUCUGAUGUGGUUUUUGCUUACGAUAUUUUAGGAAACAUUAACAGUUCAGAGCUGGGUUUGAAGUUUGCUGAUGACCCACCAAACAUUAGCCGGUAUUACAGUACAUUUGACCUUUUUAACCGAACAUGCCACCAAAUUGAGGAAAUGUUAUUAGAUUGCAAGUACCGUGGAGACAAAUGUGGUAAAGAUGACUUUGCUGUGGUGCAUAAAGCGAUUUUGGACGAGAAGUAUAUUCUUUUCUGA